AUGUUGAGACUCGCACCUAUCUCUGUGGCCAGAACCGCCACGCCAGCGCUCCGUGCCGCCUUUUCGGGUGCCGCCAGCUUGGGCAAGUACAACCGCGACCUCGAGAUAGACAUCCGCGAGAGAUUGGACCAAUUACCGCCGCCAAACAAAUUGUACCACAAUGCGGACGGGACCCAACGCGUGAUCCCAGACUCCGAGUUGAAGAUCUUGGGGGAAUUGCAGGUGUUGGUCAAGGACAGAGAGCUCGGAGUGAUGGAUCUUUUGUCCUUGGACGAGGCUGACAAGUCUUUCUGGACCGAUAACGGCGACGAUUUGGAGUUGUUGCAGAUCAUCCCAAAGGUGCAGUCCCAUAGCGACAGCAAGAUUGUCGACAAGAUCCCGUACGAGGAUGAAAAGACCGGCGAGCUCAAGUGGAAGAUCGUCAGAGGCUCAUCCAACGAGGGGUGGGAGAAGUUGAUCUACUACGGGUUCAUUCCAUCCUUGUUGGCCAUAUUCACUGUUUCCUUGUUCAAGGAUGAGAAGUCCAUGACCGAGUGGGGUUCUGAUGAGUUGAGAUUAAGAGUUAUGGAGCAGGAGUUGGGCAGCGAAGAGGCUGCUGUCGCCGCGUUGAAGAACUCUAACAAGACCCCAGAGGAGAUCAAGGCCAGAGAUGAGUUGAUUGUCGAGAGAAUCAUCGCUGGGGAGUACGACAAGUUGAACGAGUUGAGAAAGAAGGGGCCGCUCUUUGGCAACGUCAAGGCCCAGGAGUAG